AAUCGUUUGUCCCAUUAUUUGUCUGCUUUUAAAAGGUGAACUGUUUGUACACAAUAAAACAAGAACAAAAAAGAAUACACAAACAAACACAAAUUGGUUAUUUGAAAAUAGAAUUUGAACAAACGACAGAGGAAGAGAGAAUAGUCGUCAACGAAGCAUCUGGAAUUGUUAUAACAGAGCAGUUCGUGUUAUCAAUAUCGGUGAACGAUUGCAAAUGUGUUUAGUCUCUAUAUUUCAUCUUUGUGAAAUUGAGAAGCGUGUCACACAAGAAUAAAACAAAAAAAAAAUUACAUGACGUGUUAUUUAUUCCAUAUUUCGAUUGCAUCACAUAAAUACGUAUAUUUUUUGUUUUUAUUUUAAUCUCUUCACAAUUCAAUCAUAACAAAUUCGUGAUGUUUGUUAAAAUAUGUGAUGGACAACAGUGAAUUAUCGCAUAGAAAGUGAGUCAAACCAAAACCAAAAGAAGCAAAAAUAAAAAAAAAAGUUAAUCGUCAAGAACAAAAUACUUUUAAGUGAAAAUCACAAAAUAUAAUAAAGAACAAACACUUGAUUACACAGUUAAACACAAGUAACUAGGAGAUAAAGUUAUCGCUUCCUUCUAAAAACCAACGGAACAACAAUAAUAAAUCGCGAUAAUUCAAUUUGCGAAUUAAAUAAAUAAUAAUUUAUGCAAAAAAAAUUUUGCUCAUAAUAACAUCAAAGUGAAAGGCGAUUCUCAGUGUAUUAUUUCAACUGCAGUUGGAUCCUGCUGAUCAAGUAAAAGAAAAAAACAAGUUUAAAUCCAGCAUUACAUUCGAAUGAUUUUUCAACUUGUAUUCUGACAAAAAAGUGGCAGCAACAAUCAGGAAAUUUAAUUAAAUUAUAUAAAUCACACACAUACACAAAUACACAAAAGGUAGAGGAAAAAAAAAACAUGGUUUCCAAUAUGAAUAUUGAGCCUCGAGCUGAAAUUUGUGAUAGCAAUCGGCCAGCAUUAACGAAUAGUGCCGUAAGCCAAAAUACCAUCGAAUGUCAGAUAAAUCAACAACAACAAACUAACGGAAUGGUUGACGCCGACGAACUAACAAAACGAGUCCUGAAAUUGGAUCUCACCAAACGAUCACAGCCGGAGGAGGGCAGCUUUGAUUCAGAUGAAAAAGCGACAAUCGAUGACAUCAAAUCGCCAAAAUCACCGCUCGCCAAUUUAAGCGGCCGAAGUGGAAUUGGAACCCGAUCAACAAUAUCGCAUCAGUCGUCGAUUACAUCACAGGUCGAGGUUGUUGAAGAUCGCAAAGCUCUAAGGGAUGCAUUGUAUCAGGGAAUCUUUCAUCGUCACCGACGCACCAUAUUUGCUGUUGGUUCAUUUCUGCGAAUGCUACGAAGUCGAAAUUCACAGUACAACACAAUCCGAAGUAAUUCAGAAGGCGACGAAGAUACCAGAUAAAUGAUUUUGACCCAUUGACAUGGACAUAUAUACCAUCACAACAAAAUCCACACAUCCUUGUUCAAUACACUAAUCCACAUAAACACAUGAACAGAAUCUCCAACAUAAAACAAAACAUACACAAAUGAAGAAAACAUCCUGAUGAUGUUGAUUAAGAAUAUAUAAAAUUAUUAUGCUAAAAUUCAACAUUAACAAUAUAAUUAUCCUACUAAUUAUUAUUAUAACUGGUCACUGUUACUUAAGAGUUUAGAACCAGAAAAAAAAAUUGUAGUACUAUAUUUAGCAUAACAAAAUACGAAUACGGUGACAGAUGGUAAAUGAUGCGAUCAUUUAGAUGAUAAGUUUUAGUUAACUAGAGAAUGUAAUGAAAAUGCUUGAUAUUUAUCUAUGUCUUAUGAAAGUGAUUACAGAAUAAACAUUUAAGCAAAAAAAAAAAAAAUAUAAAUUGCAUCUAAAAUUUAAAUUGGAAAAAAGAAAUGAAAAAAACACAUAAAACUCCACCAUAAAUAAUAGCUAUGCUGAUACAGAAAACAUAGUAAAUAAUCGUUGUUUUGUUACACAAUGUGUACAAUGAGUAUAUAUGGCUUGUUGAACUUGAGCGAUAACCCAACGGAAUGUUUGAGUAAUUGUUUUUGGUGUGAAAUUUUUACAGUGCGUAUACACACAGUAAAUGAUUUAAUGCGCUGAAAAGCUAGCUGUAUAAACAAUCAUCCACCAUUUAACACUGAAUGAAGGAUACUGGCGAAAUGAAUGCUUCUUACACUAACAGCGAAAUGCUUCAAAAAAUAAAUACGUAAAAACAUUUGCAGGUGAAAUUAAUAUUCGUGUUACACUUAUGCAUUUUACAUAAAAGUACAAGCAUGAAAACAUUCUUUUCUCAUGAGCUGAAAAAUUCCAAAUACAUUUUAUUGCGAAGUAACUUCACAUCAAAUCAAAGAAUACUUCCGUUUUUUUCUGCUGAUUCUUUCAUCUGAAGGUCGAACAACAAUUUUAAAGUUCGUUGAAAAUUAAUGAAUACUUGAAGAACUCUUCAAAUCUUGAUAAUCAUUAUUUCAAUAUUAUAAUUGGAUCGAGUUCAGCUUAAAGAUGAUGAACACAAAAAAGAAAUGCAAAACGAUGCGAAGAUUUUCCAAAGUGAAUUUCAAGAAUUUUCCAUCGCAAAUACUAAUCUGUAAUAUUAAACUGCGAAAAGCAUCAUGCAAUAAAUGCACAUGCACCUACCUAUAGGUUUUAUAUUACAUUCACCCUCUUUCCAACAGCUAAUAAAGUAUGUAGUCAUUUCACUUCUCGAUGUUUCUGACAUGCUUGUUAAAUUCCACAACAAACACACACACGCGCGUCUUAUAAAUAUAUUAAAUGGUAUUGAUUGUUUUUCGGGCUGGUCCCUCAUGUGAUAGAAUUUAAAAGAGCACUUUUUUGCGAUGAAUGAUGCAUAAAAGAUGGAAUGAUAGAAAACUAAUAAUGUAUCUCACCCACGUGAUUUGAUCAGGCUUCAACAUACACUGAAAUUAAUAAAACAAUCAAAUUAAACCUUUUUUGAAUAGAUUUAUACAUUAUUAUUCACGAUUUUAUAUUUCAAAAUAUUAUAAGUGUGAAAACAAUCCAAAACAUUUUUUAAACAUAACAAUUAAAUUUUAAUUAGACACUUCUUUUGUGCUUUUAUCAAAAAUUUUGAGACAACAUUAAAUUCGAGCGAUAUAUAUUUCGAAUCGCUUUUUUCCCAAUCAUUUUUAUAAGAAUGAACCAAACCGGUGACGAUUGAAAAAUUAACCAUUUUUAAAUGUUUUUUGCAAAAAUUCAUAAUAUAAACAAAAAGUAUAUCAAACCCGGUGUGAUUUACGCCAGCUUGCUUGGAUUGACUUCGAACCUUUCGUGUUUUUUUUCGCUAGCUACACAAAUAAUAGCAACCUGAUGCAAAAAAAAUUGAUGAAUAUUACCAUAAAAUGAAAAUCAAUGAAUCGAUAUCCAGUUCAUGUGUUUAUGUAGUGAAACACACACUGAAAUGAUAAAAAAAGAAGAAAAAUUAAAAAAACGACCAAAAUAUUUAUUUCGAAAAAUAUUACAUACAUACAAGAGAAUAUUUAUGAAUAUAUGGUAGCUGAUAUACAAAAAAAUAUAUAAGGAAACCGAGAGAGCUUAGCAAAAUGUUAUGUUUAAUCAUAAAGAAAACAGAAUUUAAGAAUUAGAGUGUUUAAACCAGACAAAAACCGACACACAGACACAUAGAAACACAUCAAAUAGCAUGUCAUAGCAUCACACCGUUAGAAAUAAAUGGUUAAAAUUGCACCGCGGUCAACUCAUACAACAAACACACACACACACACUCUCGAACGAUGAGGAAUAAUUCCAGAAUGUUACGCGUACAAGUCAAAUACAGAUUUAUGUAAUCGAAUCGAAACAGAGACGGGAAAUUCAUUCUGCAAUUUUUGGCAAAAUAAAUGAAAUAAUCUUAAUUACAUUUAAAAUUCGCAUUAUGAUAUUAUUGAUUGCAAUAAACGUUAUUACUUAUCAAAAUUCUC